AUGCUGGACAUGGCAACAAAUGCCAAUCAACUUAUUCCUCUCGCCGUCAAUGGCCACUGCCGAGUGGGAGAGAGCACAUGUGGCACCUGUGGCCGCCAUGUAUUGACAGCAUUCAAGGGCGAUGGUUUUGCUCAAGCAAAGGCACAUGAUGAAAUCCGCGCUCGAUUCGAGGCUGCUCGCCAUCUUGUGGAUGACUCCGAUGUGCAGAAGCGCCUGGAAGAUGCAAGAGACGCUGCCAACUGCCUGCAGGAUUUCGUGGUGCAGGCAGCACUUAACGACCGUGGCAGCUUCAGGAUAAAGGUGCAGCCACACCAGGCUGAGGCAAUGAAGGACAUAAAUUUGGAUAGCCCUGAUAACAUGAAGAUCCCAAAAUAG